AUGCCGCGCAUAAAGAAGCCUCGCACCAAGGGUGUCACCUACAAGCUGGUACCUCGCUCGUAUGGCGAUGCUAAUGGAGAGGACCAGGGCCCUCUGUGGGUGAGCGAGACAGAGUUCUAUCGCCAUCACCAGAGUGCCGCGCCCGUCGAAAAUGACGAUGCAGCGCGACGUCAGUUCAACAUGUACACCGUCGCCGCAAAUGCCGAGUUCAACGACGGCGAGGAGUAUGCGGAGGAGGAGGAGUACUACGACGAGGAGGUUGAGGAGGAGGAGGGUGAGUGGGUCAACGGCGACUGGGAAGAGGAAGAGGAGGAAAAGUCUCCACCCCAGCAAGCACAAAAGCAAAAGGCGACGGCGACGGCGCCUUUUGCUUCUCCCUCAGCGUUGGCAUCUAUCGACCCACCGGCGGUGGCCACCCGUCCGCGCGACGAGGAUAGCCAAGAACACAGCGGGGGUGGUGAGGAAGACGAACCUGAAGAGAAGCUCUUUGAUGACGAGGUUGAGUGCGAGGUAACGGACGACUUCCUGCACCAGCUCGUUUUUGGUACCUGCGACGGCAGCGAAAGCGUCGAAGACUGGGACGACUGGGACGGACUCGACGAGGAGGAUAGUGAGAUGUGGCGGCUUCUGACGGAUGAGGAGAGGGCAGCCAUCAAGGCUUCACGCCGACGUGGCACGGCACGGCGCCGUCGCAUUGCCACUGCCACGAGUGGCGCAGAGGGGGGGCUUAGCUGUACUCACGCGGCCGACGGGACGGAGUAUCCCAUGCACGACACCACGCAGCGGGCGUUGGAGCGGCAGUUCGCCGAGGUGAUGCACGAGUUCAACGUCGACGCGCGACUCAACGACGCCUACACCGAUGACCCACGCACGCACGGCGCGCUGCAGGUGGACAAGUACCUGACUGCCUUGGAGGAGUUUGUGGCGAGCAGAGCCGGCAUAGACUUGGAGACUGCAGAGCCGCACAAAAACAAGGGACUCAUUCAGCAGCUCAAAUACCUCUCACACCAUGUCGGCGCCUUCGACUCAGACGCACGCGGUAUUUACAUGACGACGGUGUUGCCAGAGAAGCAGCAGCGCUUCGUGGAGGACUUUCAGAAGGGCACAGAGGAGAUUCGCCGCGCCGCGCGCUUGCGUAUGGCGCAGCGCAGCGCACCCGUCGGUGCUGCUGCGACCUCGUCGUCAGACAAGACAGCUCUCCCGGUGCCGCCACCUGAGGAGGGUGGCAUCGCUGAGGAAGAGAAGGAGGAGCUGAUUGUGAUGGAGGUGAAGUCAAAGGCGGAUCAGCUGGACUGCGAGACGGCUGUCAGCGCGUACUCAACUUACUACAACCAGCCAAACGUGAUUCAUGCACCGCGCAGCACUGCGCAGGUGCGCAAGUUGAAGAAGUUGGCAGGGUCGCGUUGCGAAGGCGAGCCGACAGGCGCCGAGGCUGAGAAUCGAGUUAGCCGCCGUUACGGCGGCGCCGUGACGUCCGCCACAACGGUGAUGGGGACGGGCAUAAGCAGCACCGAGGCUGCCCCAGGUAGCAGCAGCGGUGGCAAUACAGCCUCUGCUACCAUCAUGAGCUCUGCCAAGAAGGGGUCCAAGAUGGCGCAUGUGCGUGAGCUUACCUCCGACUCUGGCAGCGAAGACACAAAGAAGAUGGGCGGGUUGCACAGAGGUGGCGAUUUUGUGCUCACGAUUCGUCGAAAGGACGAAACCAAAGAAGAGAAAACGAUGCGUCGCCAGGCUGUGAAGGCUGCCCAGCGCGAGCGUCGGCAAGCGAAGAGCGCCCUCAAGCACACUUAUAAGGAGGUGGAGUCGGAGGAGCUGAGGCGGUCAGCCACGUCGCAGGUGGCGCGUCGCACUGUCCACUUUAUGUAG